GUUGGCGCCCUCAGUACGCGUGGGAAAGGGCCGCCGCCCGGCGGUUGCGCGGCCCCGCUGGGUGCCGAACCCCGGAAGAGGCUGCACUUUUCCCUCCCGCCGGAGGCGGUGGCCGUGGGUCCAAAGGCCACCUCUCGCAGCCUGCAGACCUCUCAUCCAACCACGACUCCGGCUCUGGGUCCGAGGAGCAGCAUGGAGGCCGAGGACUUCCAGGAGGAGCUGACCUGCUCCAUCUGCCUGGACUAUUUCGAGGACCCGGUGUCCAUCGAGUGCGGCCACAACUUCUGCCGCGGCUGCCUGCGCCGCAGCUGGGCGCAGAGCGGCAGCCCGGUUCCCUGCCCCGAGUGCCGGCAGCCGUCGGCGCCCACUGCGAUGCGGCCCAACUGGGCCCUGGCCAGGCUGACGGAGAGGAUGCGUCGCCGGCGCCUGGGCCCCGCGCCCCACGGCUUAUGCGGCCGCCAUUGGGAGCCGCUGCGGCUCUUCUGCGAGGACGAUCAGCGGCUCGUGUGCUUGGUGUGCAGGGAGUCCCAGGAGCACCAGGCCCACACCAUGGCCCCCGUCGACGAGGCCUUCGCGAGCUACCGGAAAGCGCAUUGUGGCAUCCACGGGGAUGAAUGGAGACCAAUUGGAAUGCUGUUGCACCACUUCAAGCAAGAGGAAAAACUUCUGAAGACUCAACAUAGUCUGACAGCCAAGAUGAAUAAAGCCAUGCAUUUACAGGACAUGGAAGUGAAGAAUGCUGCAGAGUGGAAGGAGAAGAUGAAGAAUAAGCGAACGAGAGUCAGUGCGGAGUUUGCAAAGCUGCACGUCUUCCUGGCUGAAGAAGAGCAAUUGUUUAUUAAGAGACUGAGCCAAGAAGAAGAAGAGACAAAGAAGAAACAGAAUGAGAACACAUUAAGGCUCAAUCAAAUGAUCACUUCCAUGAAGAAGCUCAUCUUCGAGGUGGGGGAGAAGAGCCAGAGCUCCACCCUGGAGCUGCUCCAGAAUCCAAAAGAUGUGUUGACCAGGUGUGAGAACCAGGAUGUGAACUAUUCCUUUGAAGUUCUAAAGGUGAAGACUGUGUGCCGGCUACCAAUGAUGAAGGAAAUGCUGAAGCGAUUUCAAGUGGCUGUAAAUCUAGCUGAGGACACUGCUUAUCCCAAACUUGUCUUCUCCCAGGAAGGGAGAUAUGUGAAAAAUGGAGAAUCAGCCAGUUCUUGGCCACUAUUUUCUACAGCGUGGAGCUACUUUGCUGGAUGGAGGAAUCCUCAGAGGACCACAGACUUUGUGGAGAGAUUUCAGCACUUACCCUGCGUUUUGGGAAAAAACGUUUUCACUUCAGGGAAACAUUACUGGGAAGUUGAGCACCAAGGUAGCCUGGAGGUUGCUGUGGGGUUGUGUCGGGAGGACAUCAUGGGGAUUACUGGUAGUUCAACAAUGUCCCCCCGCAUGGGAAUCUGGGCUCUUUGUUGGAGUUCUGCUGGCUAUCGGCCCCUGACAGGCAUCUCUGUGAGGCCUACCAAGCUAGAGCCAGCUCUUCACCGGGUGGGAGUUUUCCUAGAUCACAGGGCUGGGGAAAUCUCAUUCUACAGUGCUGUGGAUGGAGAACACCUAUACACUUUUUCCUGUCCUUCUAUCUCACGUCUCCGGCCGUUUUUUUGGUUGAGUCCAUUAGCAUCUUUAGUCAUCCCACCAGCAACUGGUGGGAAAUGAGGCUGUUCCUCUCCUGCCCAAGAAACUUCGCCUUGUGCCCCAGCCCAGGGACAUACAUCCCUUGGCCCUCAUCUUUGACUUCGUAUAUAAAUCCAUCCUGGGUGGUCCCUCAAUUCUGUCCAUUCAGAUUCCAACUUCACAUUUUGUUCAGCCCCCCUGGACAUCAUGUGCGUAGACAGAUGUGGGAGACCCUGCUGGGUAUCUUUCCAGUAGCCACUUGGCCCACUUUUUCUCCUUCUCCUCUGGUUCUUCCUAAAUGAACUGCUCAGGAUGUGCCCUCCACAUGCUUCAGGGAGACACAGGCCCAUAGGAGGGGCUUCUGGCCAGCGAGGCGGGGUGAGAAAUUCUCCAGGGUGCCUCUGAGGAAAGUUUUUUAGCUUUUUAGAAAGAGAUGUUUGGGAAGACACAGCCCCUCUCCUGAUGUUAGUAGGUAUACUGGAACUGAGAGGAGCACAGUAACCGUGGGAAAAGGAGGAGAAAUGUGGUCUUUGUUGGCAUCGUGAAAUGGUCGGAAUUUCCCUAAUCCUGAAUUUCUUGUUACAUGAGAUUAUUGCUUCUUUAUUGUAUAAGGCAGUCUGCCUUCUGGUCACUUGCAGGCUGAAGUAUCCUAACCGGUGCUAUAGGCACAUAGCUUGGACAUCUCACAGUACAGGCCUGUCUCGUAUCCUAACCGGUGCUCUAGGCGCAUAGCUUGGACACCUCACAGUACAGGCCUGUCUCACUUUUCUUCCUGAAACUUGACAGCUUUAUAGAAUCCCUUUCUGUUUAGUCAUGUAAUUCCUCUUCUUUCCAGUAAGUACUGAUAUUCCUCACUUCUUGGAUUGGAAAAUUGAGGCAGUCUUCCCCUGCUCUGCCCGUGUUGUUACUCUUCACCUGACCGUGUCUCUGCCCUCAAGGGUUCAUUAUGCUCUCCAUUCGUCAGAGUCGUAUACUGUGUGCACAAGGUUAUUAAUGUCAUCCUGAAAAUGUUGGGAAACCCUUGUUAGGUAUUUACACUGUGCUAACCUCUUCACAUAAUGCUCCCACGUGACUCUUGCAACAGAGAUGGAAAUUAAAAUCCUGUCUUUACAAAAGAAAAAACAAACCUUGAGAUUAAUUUGCUCAGUCCUGCCCAGCUGUCAAAUGGGCAUGUUGGGAUUGAAUCUAGAUCUGAGAGGAAAGUCCUGGUCUUCUCUACUCUACGUUCACCUUACGCUCACCUACGUGAGCACUUACUGAAUGCUGAUUGUGGUCUCCAGCACCUUUGUUUCAGGUUUUUAUUUUGUUACAUGUUUUUACCCUGUGUGAGUGUCCUCCUCUCUUUACCUUCCUGCGCUAGAUUGUAUGCACUCAGAGGUUUGUGACUGUUACUGGAGAGUUAUUUGAAAAAUAAUGAAUGUUUCUCUCUGGUUAUAAAAUCACGUACUUAUUAUAGAAACUUUGGAACAUAUAAAAAGCGUGAAGAAAAUUAAAGUUAUUGAUAAUCCCACCACCACUAACAUUUUAAUGUGUCUCCUCCCAGACUUGCAAUAGGCUUUCUGGCAGCUUCUUACAAAACUUCCAGCACCCUCCCUAAUCCAUCCUCCCCUUCCUGUGUCCCAGCCCAUCCUGGCUUGUCUUCCUUUGCAGCUGGAGCAAUCCCCCUUAUUCAGUGAUUUCUGCUGAGUUCUCCUUAACUCUCCAAGAUACUUGCUGUUAUGAGUUGAAUGAAUUCUGUCCUCCAGAGAAAAAGAUAUGUUGAAGUCCUAGCUGUGAAUGUGACCUUAUCUGGAAAUUAACAUGAGGCCAUUAGGGUGGCACCUAAUCCAAUAUCACUAGUAUCCUUAGAGGGAAUUUUGUACACGCACACAUACACUUACAUACACGGAAAUGCCAUGUGAGGACACAGAGGGAAGGUGGCUAUGGGAGAGGCUGGAGUUAUGCUGUCACAAGCCAAUGAACACCUGGGGCUGCUAGAUGCUGGAAAAGGCAAAGAAGAAUCCUCCCCUAGAAGCUUCUGAGGGAUCAUGGCCCUGCAAACACCCUCAUUUCAGACUUCUGGCCUCCAGAACUGUGAGACAGUAAAUUUCUGUUGUUUUAAGCCACCCAGUUUGUGGAACUUCGGAAUUUAACACACUUGCCCAUCAGGACUUCCUUCAGUACUGUGAAAUAAUAUUCAUAUUUUAUGGCAAGGCAAGAAAAAUUUAAACAUAAAAAAUUUUCUCUGCCCAUUGGUCUCUGUCCCUGCACUGUGCAUCUUGUGUCUGCACUAUGCAUCGACCAAACCUCCCCCAUCAGCAGAAAUACCUGCUCAACCGUAAAGAGCAGCAUUCUCCUAGCAUCAACAAGACAGCUCCCUAAAAGGUAACUUUCCUUCUUGAUAAGGGGUCACAUGGUGCUUAGAUCCGAUGUAAACUGUCAUUAAUAUGUCAUUUGAUGUACAGCCCCCAUCUCAAAAAACUUGUAUAACUGUGCCUUGACUUCUAACGGGUGGAACGGUUCUCAGAGCUUUCUCAGAUACUCUUCCUGGAUUAUAAUCCUCAAAUUUGGCUCGAAUAAAAUUUUCCAUUUCCUUCUUAGAUCGAUUAGUUUUUUGUCGACAAUACCUACAUUGUUAAUUUCCAGUCCUUGGGAAACUCAUCAGUACCUUUCCUCCACUUUUCUUUCUGGGCUGUUGAACCAGGUUGGUUGGUUCUGCUACAAAGACUUGUUCUCUGACUUCAAGUAGGCUCUUUGGGCUGCUUGGUAAACACGCUUGAUCUUAAAUUCCUUUUUACAUCUUCUGAUGGCAGUGAUUCCAAACCUUUUCCUCUUUUCUCAAAGAAAAGGCCUUUAUAAGCCUCCCUUUAUACUACUAUAACGGAGGUAAAACUUUGCCUCUACUUAUCUGAGGUUUUCAGCUGGGACUCUAACGAAAAGAAAGAUUAACAAGAAAAAGUUUAACACAUGCAACACAUCAUGCAAGAGAAACAUAAAAUGAAUACUAACUCAAAGCCUUGGCUUAGAAUUCUGGCUUUCAUAGUAUCUUCGACAAAGAACAAUAAAAUUGUGGAGAGGUGAUAGGACAAAGGUAAGCAGUUUUAGUCUUCCAAGGGUGGCAGACUGUGUGAGGGUAAAUAUAUGUGUGGAAACAAAUGGGUCAGUGUGUGUUUGCAGAUUCUUCUGGCACUGCCUUUAGGGUUUCUGGGUUUGCUGCCUCUUAAUUGCCUUCAGCUCAAAAUGCUUUUUUAUGUCAAAGAGGCAUAUUUUGGGGUGACACAUUCUGGUUUCCAUCACUACUUAUUAUUGCAAAGAACUUGCAUCUUUUACUGAGAAAAAAUUUUUUCUCUUCUACCCAUCUGAUUAACAAUUUUUUGCCUCUUUUUUGGGUCUUGAUAUUGGACCGUCUCUCAUCUCUUCAGGUAUGGAAUGGGACCCAGUUGUUGUAUUGGUUAAAAAUAAACUCUUCUGAUGCUUCUGAUGUACAAACAGGAUUGAGAAUAAAUGUGUCCCAGUCAGUUUCCUAUUUUACUUA